AUGGAAAUAAUAGAUGUUCACACAAGGUCAGAAAUAUAUAGAAUAGUUCUAGAUAAGGAUGGUUUCUUAUAUAUUUAUACAACAGAGAAAGUUGAUAUAGAAAAGGUUUUAUUGAGACUGUUCAAAAUUAUUUUCAGUCUAUUUCACAACUAUGUCACCAAAGAAUUCGGCUCUAGUAACCGGAGUAAUUUCAACACGAUCAAGAGUAGCUUUAGCUACGCUCAUUACUGUCUCAGUGCUAGGCACUGUCUAUUAUCGGUCAAAGAACCAACCAAAAAGCCCAAAGACGGGGACGAGCAAAAGACAAAAGAAGAAAUAUUAAACACAGACGACAACUCACUAUACAAUGAUUUCUUGGCUGCUUUGCCCAUGACUAGGGAUACAUCAACUGACGACUUUUUAUCCAAUCUCUUUUCAAUUAAUCCUUCAGACUAUAUACCAAGUAUCAUCCCGACCACUUUUGAAGAGUUGCAAUCAAAACUGUCUUCCCUUUAUCCUAACUUUGAAAGCCAGAUCGAGACCAUUAAGGAAAUGUACAACUCUUUCUGGGAGUUUUUGUCUCUGGAAGACUUUAGAAAAAUUGUACAGGAAUCUUUGGAAGAGGAUGAUGAUCCAGUCUUACAUCCCGAAAUAACAAUGGAUGCUUACGUAAGGGAAGGCCAAGGUUUAUCUGACGAAGAAAUUGAGUUUACAAGGAUAAGAAAAUUAAAAAUGAGAGCCGCUUUUGCCUUUUUUAUCGGCGUCGAUGAACACGAAGUGGAUAUAGAAGAUAUACCCAAUAUUGGUGUUGCGUCAAGUGGUGGUGGAUAUAGAGCGAUGGUGGGAUGUUCAGGUUACCUACACGCUAUGAAUGAAACAGGUAUUCUGGAUUGUGUAUUAUAUAUGGCAGGUGUAUCCGGUUCCACCUGGGCAAUGUCGCAAUUCUAUAGCCCUUUGACCAACGCUUCCGUCUCUACACUUAAAACCCAUCUUUCCAGUCGAAUCCAUACCCAUAUUGCCAAUUUGUCAAACUUUUUAACGGUUCUAAAUGCAUCACGCCACAAUAGUAAAAUCAUUUUACAUGGUGUCAUCCAACGAUACUAUCAACAGAAUGGAAGCAUAAGUCUAGUCGAUAUAUUUGGCAUGUUACUGGGCGGUACUUUAUUAUCUAGACGGCUCACAAUCACCCCCGCACCUCCAGGCAACGAAACCAACCAACGUUGGUAUUACAGUGAGGAUAUCGAGGAACAGACAACACAAAAGGAUUCGGACAGUAAAACGAUCCACGAAGAUGAUGGUGCAGAAGUUAAACCGAGAUUACUCAAGAAGAACGAGAUCAAAUUGUCGAAGCAAAGGGUCUAUUUUGAAGAUGGAUCUUUACCGAUGCCCAUCUACUGCGCAGUACGUCAUGAAAUCGAAACGGCAGGUGUCACAAAAGCAGAUACUGUAUCAAACCAACAGGAAGAAAAUGAGGCUGAGAAUUUGGAUAGUACCAAGAAGGAAAGUGAGGAUGAUGAGCCCAUACAGGAAGAAGAAUGCUUGAACGAGGAACCAACACCAGAAACAAAAGAUUUGUACCAAUGGUUUGAAUUUACGCCGUAUGAUAUGGGCAGUGAAGAAAUCAAUGCCUGGAUUCCUGUGUGGGCAUUUGGCAGAAAGUUCCAGGAGGGAAAAAAUUUAGAGAAGCUUCCAGAACAAAGUCUGGGUAUUUUGAUGGGAAUGUUUGGCUCUGCAUUUGUAGCUAGUCUUGCACAUUUCUAUCAAGAAAUCCGUUUGCUGUUACCCACCUCUGCUGUUCAAAAGGCGGAUGAAAUGAUCAACAGUUACCAAUCAUCUGUCUCCACCAUCCACCCUAUUUCCCCCGCCUGUUUUCCUAAUCCAUUUUACAAGAUGGCCACACGAGUACAGACUAAGGAUGAAAGCCAAGACAAGGAAGAAAUUUUAAGGUCGGAAAGUUUAGUCGAAUCAGAACAAAUCGGAUUGAUGGAUGCUGGCAUGGACAAUAACAUCCCAUUUUAUCCAUUGCUGCGGAAAGGACGUGACGUAGAUAUUAUUAUUUCUCUUGACCUCAGUGCAGAUAUUCAGGAAACUCCCUUUUUCGAUCGUGCUGAAGGUUAUGCUAAACGUCGUGGUAUUAAUGGUUGGCCUGCUGGUGCUGGGUGGCCCAAGAAAGAACCCGGUGAGGAGCAGAGCCCAGACGAAAAGGUCAAGUCCAAAUCGAAAUAUGCGUUGAAUACCUGCACCGUUUUCGAAUCCAGUUCCUCAGAAACAACGCCUGAUAAUAAUGACACAGCAAGUACAAAGACAACUUAUCCCGAGAAUACAAAUCCAAUCACCGUUGUUUAUUUUCCUUUGAUCGUCAACGAAAAUUACGACCCCGAAUUUGAUCCUCAAAGCGCUGAAUUUUGUAGUACGUGGAAUUUUGUCUAUACCUCAGAACAAGUUGACAAAUUACAUGAACUGGCUGAAGCAAAUAUCAAGGAUAAUUUGGAAAAGGUCCGAAAGGUCGUGAAAGAAACUUGGUUACGAAAAAGAAGCGAUAGAUUGAAAAAGCAGGAUUUAUCGAAUAUUUAAAAAUAAAAUAAGAGAAAGGGGAGUUUAUUAUGUACAAUAUAGAAUAAGGGAGUUAUUACUAUUGAUAUUUUGUUUAAUUUUAUCUACUGGGUGAAUGUUCCAAUUCGUGAAGAUGUUCAACUUGUUUAGCAGAGCCUUCGUUUUCGACCUUGCGGAUCAUUUGAGGGUAUAAGUCCCAAUCAUUUUCAUUGGAUUCUUGACUCUUCUUCGUUUGUUCAACAUUGACACCCGUGAGUUUUUGGUUAACCUUGCCGUUCAUGGCAUCUCUGUAGCAGGAGGGAUGGGUCAUAGUAUCGAUAUUCUCGUUCUUGUUGUCAGACAUGGUAUUAAUUUGUGUAUUAAGUGUUAUAAAGAUAAAAUUGACCCAAAUAUGUUUCCCAUUUUAUAUCAUCCGUAUCUCAUUC